AUUGCAGGGCUGGCAUAUCGACAGGGUCGGGUAGAUGGUGUCCGUGAUGCCUCGCUCUUUCUGUCCUCAACAUGGCAGGAGCUAAUGGGCACGAGGUGCUGAACGCCGGGGUGGCAUGCGGGACAAGGCAUGGCAUCCACCAAAAGAAAGCAUCGAAGGUGCAGGCCAAGCCAAUCCGCCUGCUCUUUCCUGAAGAAAAACAUGGGAAGGCGUGGAAGGUAAUCAACACGAGCGGGGCAAGAGCACAAGAGCGAGCUAGCGAGCUACGAGCAUGCAUGGCUUCUGAGACCUUUCCGUCUCAUGCUCUUGUUUCCAUUCCGCUUCUUUUGGGCCGGCGUCAAAUUACACGUUACUGCCACGAGGUCCUUCUUUCUCUCUCUGCUGAUCUUCUCUACUUCUACUCCUCGCCCGCCAGUUCUCCUUUCUCUCCUCUCUGACACGGCCUCAACUUUACUGAACAUACAAAUGUCUCAACACUCAGUUCCGAAACACCCAACUCCUUCGCCUCGAAUACUUGUUAUCAGACUCCACCGUUCCUUUUCGCCUUCUCCGCACAUAUACAAAUCCUCCUAGCCACCUUCACCUUCAUCCUAUAAGGAAAUUGUGUGACACUGUCCGUCCUCACCUACCAAAGAAUACUGUCUGGCAUCUCUUCUGCAAAUCUCAGGGGAUUCGGGCGUCUUUUUCGACUGCUUGAAUAGCAGUUUUACUAGUCUAUUCUCUCCCCGAACAAUGCGGCUCUUCCAUCGACAUCGAAACAAGCAGAAGAACCCGCCUCAACCUAUCCAAGAAGACCUGCUUUCACCCUUCCACUCACCAGCACCUUCGCCUCCCAUUCGGAAUUUCUCAUACCCAACCGCGGCCUUACAACCACCGUCGGGACCUUCCAUCUCUUCAUCCGCACAGCCGGGUAUUCACCUACCUCCUGCUGGCUUUGGAGAAGCACGAACAUCCACACCUAGUGACCGCAUCGAGCCUCCGUUCUACUGGGCUUCAUCGUACAGACCCAUACGGGAAGAAGAAAUCGAACCCUCGACAGAUUCACAGUCUUUUAUUUCCGAUACUGGACCAGAGGCGUUUGUCUACGGCUAGGGGCCGAUUUCAGAGAAGAAGAAGAAGAAACGACGAAGUCUCCUCGGAAUCUCAAGACCACAGAGAACCAAGAAGAUCAUUCAAUCCGAAGAAUUGCCCAGAAUCGAUAGAAGUGCGCCGCAGAAUCCUGACCGAGAUUCUCUCAUUGGAUCUCAAACUACUCAUCCAUCAGCUCGGGCUAUCUUUGAAAGCCCACCUAAGAAGGCGUCUCCUCAUAAGCGCGCUUUUGUUCUCGGUCACAAGUUCGCCAAGUCGGUCGAUCUUGCAUCCACCCACCUACGCCCGCCGAGCCCACUUCGCCCGGCAUCUAGCUCAGGAAUAGCAACAGUCGACACGCGAACUGCUCCCCAUAAGAUCGGGCUAGCGAUAGACGAAGAAGACAACCAUCCAGGAACAUUGCUCGAUCUCUCAGACGACGAGAUGGGUCUCAGACGCAGAAUCUCGGAGAUGGACUUGAGAAUGUCCCCUCCGAAACGCAUGUUCUCCGACCAUUCUCAGAUAUCAGAGUACAGCGCUUCUACAGCUAGUGUCAGUGGAAGCCCUACAAAGAAGAGACGAAGUGAUAAGACCAAACCCAAAGACGGCAAGCAUCAUUGGGUGAGCCAGCUCAAAGACUGGUUCAGUACUGGCGAGCCGUCCUCCCAGGACUGGAAACAGCUCAAGAAACAAGAGUACCACAAACAUGGGAUCGCGAUGAAUGACCCAGAUGCCAGCGCAAAGCUGCACGCUCCCAUCGGAGCAAUUCCCGAAGAGGCCAUCAAGCCUUCCAGCGGGCCUGAUCCCGAGACGGUUGCCAAGAAGAAGUCUGCCAAUCGAAAGCAGGUUCGCCAAGCCUACGGCGGUUGCGAGAGAAUCUCAGGCUCUGUUUCUUCUGAAUCUUCGGCGGGUAGCAGGGAGGUCAACCCUAUCGCCCCAUGGGCGUAGGCGUGAUACUCAGCAGGCCGAAACUGGGGAAGGAGCAUGCCUUUAUUUGUGACAAGGCAGACGCAGGAGUGUGUGGGUUGAUGAACGAGACAACGACUGGAAGAUGACAACGAUUUGCUUGGAUCGCUUUUGCAUUAUACCCGCUUCUAGACGCCACGGCAAUGAGCCUGUCACGGAAGCUGCGUUGGAAUUUUCAAACUUGUUGGCCGUUCGUGCGCCACAGGGCGGAGGGCCUGAAACGACUGUCUUUAAGAGUACCAUAGUCUGAUGAAAACGGAAGAUUU